ACAAUGUCCAAAUAUGGAUGGAAUCUUGGAUUUUAAUAGUUAUAAGAACAUUUUAUUGGGGAAAAAUCGCAGAAGAACUUUUCUAGUUUAAAUUAAAUCCCAAUUUUUUUGCUAAUAUGUUAUUCAGUGUGAUUGAUAAAUCUGUACAUUUGUAAAUAAUUAUGGCUGCGGAAGCUGCAGAUGUUUUGAUCAAGAAGGGUAAACGCGCUACAGCAGCAUAUAUACAAGGAGUUUGUAGUUCUCAAAAUAACUCUGAUAUCACAAAUGAAGUUUUUGAUUCAAUAUUAAAUCCUUUAGUUCCCAUAAAUGACUGGGAUUCUAUAGAUUGGUGCAAAUGGCUUUUGGCAGGUGGAAGAACACCUGAAGACUAUACUCAAACAGUGAGAAGAUAUGACAAUGCUACCACCUGUGGACUUGUAUGGACUGCCAAUUUUGUUGCUUAUCGGUGUCGAACUUGUGGAAUUUCUCCAUGUAUGUCCUUGUGUUCAGAAUGCUUCCAAAGAGGUGAUCACAAAGGCCAUGACUUCAACAUGUUUCGAAGUCAGGCUGGAGGAGCCUGUGAUUGUGGAGACAAAAGUGUAAUGAAAGAAUCUGGGUUUUGCCAAAGACAUGGAUUACAAAAUCAGAGAAAUAAACCAGAGGCUCCUCCAGACCUUCUCUGUGUUGCUGAGGUAUUGAUGCCUCGAUUAUUUUUACGGUUGGUUCAGCAUUUACGAGAGAACAGUGAACCAGCCUUUUUAGACACACACCACACGGCCAUGCAUUUUGCGGAUGGUUUCCUGAGUCUGCUACAGUCACACAGUGAAAUGGGAGCUGCCAUGAGAAGUGUAAUGACUCAAGCUCUCACCAAUCCUCAAAUAUAUUACAUGCUAGCUAUUGAUUGUGAGACUGGAAACCAUCUUCAGUACAGAAGAGAAAGUCUAUCUCAGUAUCUUAAUGCAAGAAAUAGUUUACAGUCAUCAGAUGACGACAUAAGCUCUAGUGAUACUGAUAGGACUACAUGGUACUCUGUUGAACAUUUAAAGCAGUCAUCAUUUUUGGAUGAACUUGUCUUUUGGACUAUAAAAUUUGAAUUCCCUCAGAAGCUUGUCUGUUUACUUUUAAAUAUGAUGCCAGAUCUGACUUAUAAAGAAGCUUUUACGAAAAUAUUUGUUAAGCAUUAUGGUCUAAUAAGUAAAAUGUUAUCUAAGUCCAAAGAUUCAGAAACACUAUCUAACAGAGUUGUACAUGUCAGUGUUCAGCUCUUCAGUAAUGAAGAUCUUGCUUAUCAGAUGACCAAAGAUUAUGAUCUACUACAAAUUAUGGUGGAUAGCUUAUUUUCAAUGAUGCUAUCAAUUUCUCAGAAAAGCACCCUACAAUGUCCUGAAAAAAAUGAGCAUUUAGUAGUAGAUUGUGGUCAUCACAUCAUGAAGGAGCACUGCUACUGGCCUCUAGUUAGUGAUCUGAACAAUGUCCUUACUCAUGCUGCUGUAGCCCAUGAAUUUCUCAGUGAUUCCUGCCUUUUAAAUCAGUGGUUUAAAUUUUUGUCACUGUUUCAAGGUAUGAAUGUAAAUCAAAGGGAGCUGAAGGCACAUGUAGAAUUUGAAUCCAACACAUACUAUGCUGCAUUUUCUGCUGAAUUGGAAGCAUCUGCGACACCCAUGUGGGCUCUUAUUUCUCAUUUGAAGACCCCGAAAAUGUUAGAGAAAACUAAAGCUGUGUUAACAGCAUGCCUCGAUGCAUUGCAAAAUUGGUUUACUGCCAUUAAUUUUUCUGUUGGGGAUGAAAUUAAUCCAUAUCAAGUGUCUUUUCAUAUCCCACUUCAUAGAUGUUAUGCAUCUUUUUUGGGACAAGCUGUAAGGCAGCAAGGUGCUCAAUUAGACUCUUUAUUACCUCCUGAUGACACUUUGAAAUUAAUGAUGAUGCAUCCUCUUCAAGCUCAGGUUACUUUUCAUGAGAUUUUGUGCAACAUGUGGGUUCGUAGUGGUCUACAGAUUAAAGGUCAGGCAAUGACUUAUAUCCAGUGCCAUUUCUGCAACUCUAUUGUUGAUGCCGAUCUUUUCUUGCUACAAUUAUGUGCUAUGAAAUUAGACCCUGAUUGGUUUCUAAGAACAAUCAUGCAGAGGUUUCAUGUAUGGGAAUGGUUGACCUUUCAUCCAAACCGAAAUAAUACGUUUUUAGACAGUGAUAAAGUAAUGCCAAUGUUAGAAGGUGCUCUCUCAUUUCUUACUACAUUGCUGUCUACUCACACAAAUAUAGGUUUAUCAGAAGAAAAAGUAAUCAGGCAAGAAAUGGUGUCACUUCUUUGCAUGAAUGAUAGGACACAUUCACAGCUUAUGGAUUUAAUACCUGAUAAAUGUGGGGAAACUUCUCAAAACAAGAAUUUUGAAUCCAUAUUAAAUCAGGUUGCUGUUUAUAAGGCUCCAAAUUUUGAGGCCAAUGGAGCAAUGAUGCAGGGAACUUAUGUUCCUAAAGCAGAGAUUUGGGAGGAAGAAUAUGACCCCAUUCAUGUUCUUCUUAGAGCAGUGCAUCGACGAGAGUAUCAAGCCUCAUUAGACAGAUUUUCGCAAUAUCUUCGACAAAAUAAUAAACUCUCAAGCUCAAGGCCACCUUGGCCACCAUUUAGAAUACCUCCACCAGUAUUUGAUCAAUUCCAGGAUCCUCGCAGGAUUUUACACUGCAAAACUAUGCAUGGUAUAAUUUUAACUAUUUUAUAUCGGGCAGUGAAUGAUCCUGAUAUUCCUGAGCAGAUUCUUAGCUUCUGUAUUUAUCUUUUGGAUAUGGCUGUCAGAUUUCCAUCAUCUGAAUAUUCUGCUAGCCCACAAUCAGAUUUAAAGGAAGUGGAAGAUCUUAAAUAUGAAGAUUGGUUUGAUUCGUCCAAUAUAUUACAAAACAUAUCAAAGACUAUUGACUCGGUUGUUAUUACUGAGAAAGUUGUUAUGUCCAUGCGCAUGGUAGAAGAAAUGGAGGUAGAUGAAGAAGUGGAAGAAGAAAUGGAAAUGGGACCAGAUGGUUAUACAGUUUAUGACGUUCCUAGCCCCAUAAUUGAAGAAGAUUAUCCAGAUCCAUCUGUUCAGCAUCCUCCGUUACCUGCAACAGAUACUCAGUUGGCUUUGCCAUCAACAUCUGCUGUUACUACUGCUGUUGCAACUACAUCUAGUAAUCAAACUCAACUUCUUCCUGUGCCUAGCACAGCAUAUCUUGAUCAUACCAUAAUUGAUAUGUUUAAUUUAUCUGGUAUUGUUGCUGCUGGUGCUCUCCCUUCAACAUCUGGGACUACAGCACCACAACAAGAUUCUUCAAGACAACAACUGGCUUUACCAGCUAGUAGUAGCUCAUACAAUAUGGCCCUCAUUCCAACUUCAGAAGGACUUACAACUGUUAGACCAAAGUGUAUGAAAUUAAAGCAAGUUCCUGGUCGACACCGAAUGCUACUGUCAGAUAAAGGCCUGCCUUUAGCUAUUGGUUCCUCUGAAUCAGAAAGUUGUUCUGGAGAACAAAAAUAUCAUUCAUUUAGUAAUAAAAGGACUAUAAAUGUUCAUGAAAGUAUAUUGUCCCUUCUGUUACAACUUCACUCAAAAUUGUCAGAAAAACCUGACUCUUAUAAACCCAAAGAAAAUAUGUCUUUUCAAGAGCUUAAUUCAAGAAUUGGAGAUGGAGUUCUGUUUGUGGAGAGAUUGUUAAAUCAAAUUGUUAUUUCUGGCGGGGACAGUUUAAAUGCAAUUCAGAAUAUCCGUCAAAAGCUAUGGCCAAGAAAAGUUGAUGUCAAUGCAUCACCUUCUUCUGAAAAUAUUGAUAAAGAAGAAAGGAGAAGGAGAGCUAAAGAAAGGCAACAGAAGUUAAUGGCUGAAUUUGCUUCGAAACAAAAAGCUUUCAUGCAAAAAACAAUGGAAACAGAUUCUAAAGAAGGAACAUCUGGUAUUGAAGAAGAGGCUGAAGAUACUCAAAAAGAAUAUGAGUGUGUUAUUUGCAGUCAAAUGUCAGCCUCUGAAGAGGAUCGACCUGUAGGAAUGGUUGUCCUUUUGCAGGCAACGAGUGUUGCUGGGCAUUAUCAUCAAGUUCCUAAUCGUGCAUUGCCAUGUGAUGAAAAGGACCGUGGAGAACUUCUGAAAGGCGAAAACAUGUCUUCUGUAGUGAAAUAUAAAAUCGAACUUCUUGAACGCUACUUCAAUAAUGUGAGUGAAAAAACGCGUCUUCCUAAAUUUUUCAGAGAAAGGAAACCACAUAAACGAUACUGGCCUAUGGCAUUAAACAUUGGUUGGGAAGGAGGAGUACAUGUUCAGACAUGUGGUCAUUACUUACAUAUUGACUGCCAUAAAGCAUACAUUGUGUCACUGAAGAACCAAAACCAGUUAUCUUCCCGUCUUCAGAAUUUGGCAGUCGAACAAGGGGAAUAUUAUUGUCCACUUUGUCGGCAACUUGCCAAUUCUGUAAUUCCUUUAAGGCCAGGUUAUAGAGAAGGUUCAGCCCUUGUACAAUAUCCAAGAAAAGAUUUAAAAAUUCUUGCCGCAGAUAUAUCAGAUCUUCUGUCAACGCCACUUUCAGAAAGGGAUUCUAACCUUUUGAAGAAAUACAUGGGUGGCAUUAUGGAGGACAUAACAAAUGCUACCUAUCCACAAUAUCGUUCCUUAUGUGCACCAAGUCCCAGUAGCCUUUUCUUGUUUGUUUGCUCAAUAGCUCGAACUAAUUUGGAAAUUGAAUUAGUUCAAAGAGGACGGCUGUUUGAACCACUGAAGAAAAAGUCAUGUUUUGUUCCUCUAUUGAAUGUACUGUACUUGCACUCCAGACUUUUGUCCCAGACUAUAGACAAGAGUCAACAAAUGGACUAUGCUGUAAAAGUAUGGAGUCGCCUAACUGGUCAAAUUCCUGCUGAUCACAAUUCGUUGACAUAUUUUGCUGUUGAAGUUCCUCUGUUCUUGAGAGACCCAGUUGCUGUUCUUUUGCAGAUUAUAUUAACUCUACCAAUAAAUCUUGAUAAGAGUUAUUUCAGAUGCGUGAUUCAAGUUCUUUAUAACUUCAUAUUAAUUCAGUCAUUAGUUCAGAUAAGUUGUAGACUAAAUAGUUCAAAUAGAAAUGAUUUAAGUUUUAGGACUCUUCAGAUUCUCAAGGAUAUUGAAGAGUGCCCUGAUGGCGAGAAAAAUGAAGAAUUAGAAAGCAAAAUGAAAGAUACAAAAACUCUACUAGGAUUUGUGAUUGGUGGUUUAAAGUAUAGUUGCCUUUAUGUGGAAGAUGAUGAAAUGGAUUCAUCAAAAUGCAUUUCUACUGUUGAAAAUGAUUGUUUAGAGAAGUUUGUACGUGAACAUUGUUUACAUUUCUUGAAGAUAGCUGCUCUGCUUCAGAGCCAUUUAUUUGAAGAAAAAAUUAACUUAAAAGCUGAUGAUGAUGAAUUUUAUUUCUUCUGUCACUUCCUUGGAUUAAGUAAUUUGCCCAGAACUGAAUUUACAGCUGCAUCUAGCAUAGAGUGGACUGUGAAUACUGUUACUGAUUGAUUUUAUUUAUGUAUCCC